UUGAUUGAAGUCAGAACGUUCUGAUACAAGAAAUAAAAGAUCGAAAUCGACAAGAAAUAAAAGCAAUUUGUAAUGCCUCUGUUUCAGCAACCACGUUGGCUACGUAGAUUGAUUCGGCGUCGAACAAAUCCUAUUCCUUUGGAUCGUGCACAUCUGUGGAAGAAACGAUUAAGUUUGUUCUACGCUAUCGUCGCCUGGAAUGCCUUUGGAGGCGUUUGCUACAUGGUUUACACCGGGCGCAAUGAUUGGGCAAAGUUUUAUGGCUACAAAACGGAAGAAGAAUCGCGUGUACCGCAAGCCGUCCGAUUUGCUAAACAGUUAAAUCUCCCAAACGCAAAGGUGCUCAAAUUCAGCGGACUUUCCAAGGCAGAUGAGUACGAACUGAAAGAGCUCGAAGUAAUCCGUUCAACAGACUCGUCUCCGAAAGAAGAAAAUUAAUAAGGGCUUCUUUGAUUAGUUUCCAUCCCGCGUCGCUGAUUUCAAGGCUGUAUUUCCAAUAUUCGUUAAUAUAAAGCUCGUUAGUUUAGCGUUUUUUCAUGA